CCCCCCCCGCCCCGGCCACCAUGAACACCAACGUGUGCGUGGAGAGUGGCCCCAACCCCGAGGCGCCGGGGCUGCCCAAGGACAGCCACCUGCCCGAGGGGGCCCUCAACAGCCUUGUGGAUUACAACUCGGAGAUGGAGAGGUACCGCUCCUUCGCCACCUUCUACAAGACCAACGGCGGCGCCUUCCCCCAGGCGGCCAAGAUCGCCCGCAUCACCACCCCCAUCUUCCCCAGCGCGGCCGCCGCCGCCGCCGCCCGCAUCGGCAUGUCCCCCUGGAACUGCGACACCGCCACGGCCGCCGCCGCCACCGCCAUGCUCUGGGGCAGCGGCGGCGGCGGCGGCGCGGCGGGCGGCGCGAGGAAACCCUCCUCCUCCUCCUCCUCCGCCGCCGCCGCCGCCGCCUCCGCGGCCGCCGCCGCCGCCUCCUCGCUGCACGCCGGCAGGGGCGGCAUGCACCACCGGAGCGACUCGCAGCGGCUGGGCAAGCCCGGCUGCCCGCCGGCCGAGCAGCCCGCCCUGCCCAUGGCCAACGGCAACUUCCUCUCCACCCUCGCCCCCGAGCACUGCCGGCCGCUGGCCGGGGAGUGCAUGAACAAGCUCAAGUGCGGCGCCGCCGAAGCCGAGAUCAUGAACCUCCCCGACCGCGUCGGCACCUUCUCGGCCAUCCCGGCGCUGGGCGGCCUCUCCCUGCCCCCCGGGGUCAUCGUCAUGACGGCCCUGCACUCCCCCGCCGCGGCCUCGGCCGCCGUCACAGACAGCGCCUUCCAGAUCGCCAACCUGGCGGACUGCCCGCAGAGCCACGCCUCGGCCUCGCCCGCCUCCGCGGCCGGGGCCGGGGCGGGCAACCCCGCCAAGAAGAAGCGGAAACGCUGCGGGGUGUGCGUGCCCUGCAAGCGGCUCAUCAACUGUGGAGUCUGCAGCAGUUGCAGGAACCGCAAAACGGGACACCAGAUCUGCAAAUUUAGGAAAUGUGAAGAGCUUAAGAAAAAACCGGGCACUUCGUUAGAGGUCAGAGGAGAUGAUUUCUUUUUCCCCAGCCUCCCGCCGUCCCUCCUCAACCCCCUGCCCCCGCCCCUCCAGUGCUUCUUGUCUAGCUUCAAGAUGCAGCAUCCCUUCUCCGAGGCCUCCUUCAGGCUCUGAGGGAGCCCCGCCGCGGGCGCGGCUCCCCGCGGCGCGGCCCCGCCGCCCGCCCCUCUCCGCCCCGCAGGGAAGAGAAACGCCGCCUCCCGCGGCGCCCCGCCGAGCCGGGCCCCGGCCGCUGCUCCCGGCCCCGGGCCCCGGAGGGACGGCCGGGGGGCGCCGGCCCCCGCCCCGCCAGCUCGUGGCCGUUACGGAACGAUGCUAACCUGGUUUACCUGCCGUGCUGUUUCCAUAAGACUGCUGGCUCUCUGGUUCCUUUUUCUUCUUUUCUUUUUAUUUCUCUUUCUCCCCCCUUUUUUUUUUUUUCUCCCCCGCUCUUUUUAAUUAUUGGCAAUCAUGACGAUUCGGGGCGGUUUGUAGGAAUGGGGAGGUGGGAAAGGGAAAGUUUUAGCUGAACACCAGGCUCUUGCUGUCAGAAGUUCAGGGAAAGCAAUGGCGAGUUCAUCUCCAGGUUAGCUGGUAGCAGUUUGUCCCAGACAGACAACGGGCCAUGGAGCCCAGUAGUAGGUGAAACGCACCCAAGUGAUCUCUUUGGCAAUGUCUUUUGUGAAAUAACCUGCUUGCGAUGUAUUAAACACAAUGGAAGAAUAGCACAGGUAUGACUGAACUGAUUUCUGACUAAACUGUAUGUAUGGUUAUUUUUACAACGUUUCCUCGGAACUGACAAUGUAUUGUGUUCCCCAAAGCUGUAACAACAGGUUUUCAGAUUUGCUAGAUGUAUGAGAGACAGGCAGAUCCCGUGUCGCAGACAUUUCAGUUAUUGUAUUGGGUGCGACAGACAAUGGGAACCAAAAUACACAAUCGUGAGGAAAAUGGCAAUUGGAUGGUAUCGUUAGGGGAAGGAAACAAGUGAGGGGAAAGACUAGUAAUCAUACUUAAUUCCUUGUCAUUAUUAAAAUUAUAGUGUUUCUGGUUCGACACGCAUCUCAGAUGCGUCUGAAGGUGUCGGGGAUGAUGGAUUUAGUACAGAGGAGUAGUGUGUGGUGGGUGACACCAAGAUUUGUAGUCACAGAAAUCAGCAGCUAAGUGAGAAAUUGCAACUUCCCUCCGUGUGUGUGUGUGUGUGUGUGUGCCUCUGCGUGUUUGCAUAGCGGUUUAUUCCCUUGCUCAUUGCUUGCAGGAUCUCUCUCCAAGAAAAGAUGGGAUGAGGGAUUCCAGCGAAAAAGCAACACUUAGAGCCAAUUAAUUUGUUCUGUGUUAAAUAAAUUGAGAUAAUAGUGUUGGUAUUGACAUUGCCAUGGGACAGAAGCAACAUUUGGGGGUUAACUGACAUUUGGCUGAUAGCAUUAACUGUUUCCUAACCAGCCUCAUCAAAGCAACUAAUUAAUUCCUUCUUGAAAGAGUGAACUGUCCUUGCUGAAAGUUUAAUUCAUAGCUCUGCAUCAUUUUAGUUCUUUUUUUUGUGAGUGGUGACCCAGCAUUGCUAGCACAAAAACCAGGAUGGACUUCCCAGGGGAUAGACGGGGUUUUCAGCUCUUGUGUUUCUCAAUAAUAUGCCUCUGUUGGUUUUGUAACAAGUUUGCAACAAGGAUAGUUAAUGCCCUGGUCUGUUAAUACUGAGUACAGCUUAAAAGAGACUCCCUGAACCAGAGGCAUGGAGAAUUCCCCCCCCCACAGCCCAGCACUGAGAGUGCCUUUGUGUGCCAGGUUCCCUCAUUAGGCUUGCAAACCAGAGUGCUGCUGGGAUUUAAUGUUUGUGAUAAAUGAUAGGUUCUGAUGGUUUAUCGAUUUGUGCAGAAAGUGAGCUAUCUCUGGAAGAAACAAAUUUGUACAUUAUCAGAUCUUCCUAUGGGUUUGUGUGCAUCUCUGAGCACAUUUCCAGAACUUCCUUGCUCCUGACAAAGGUGCUUGGUAGUGUUAAAACUUUUCAGGAGUGCUAUGAAAAUGCCUCCCGUUAAAGUUGUUUAACCACUGUGACUAGUAAAACCCAUGGUUUAAUUAGCCACUUGUGAGCUAUCAUAACCAGCUGCCUUCACUUCUUUCCUUCAUUCUCUCUUCCCCUACUUGCUCUCUCCUGUUUGUGCUCCGUCAGAUACGUAAGCACAAAAGCUCCUCUGCUACUCCAUUGUGGCUCGAAGGAAACAGGUUUCUCUUUCCAGCUGUGGAGAUGUCAGUAAGGCAUCACUUCUCUGCAGGUCGUGGCCCAUCACAAAGUUUUGUCACAGGAUGUGGCUAAUUUCUUUACAGAAGUGUGGUUUGUCAGUGGGAGAGGAAGAAUAACUUGCUUCCUUAUGCCUUCUUUCUUCUUUAUAGAAAAUUUAAAUUAACUAUUAAAGUGACAGAAGGGCUGCCUACAGAGCAGGUGCAGCAGCAGUGCUUUGGCUGUGUGGCCACCAGCCGGAAGGGUGUCAGAGGGUGGCAGGGCCUCCCCGAGGGCCCUGCAGCAGCAGUGUUGGAGUUGGGGGUGGGCAAGGGCAACCUCCCUGCGGAGUGAGUGGCUGGAGUGACCCAUUUGGCCUGUGCUCCUGGGGAAUCCACCGCCCUGUGUGGAUGAUCCCCUGGCACCUCAGGUAGACACGCUCCCAUGGAUAUGUGUCAAGGAUUGAGGGGCUCACGUUCCACUACACACUUAGGUGAUUCGUGGAUCGCGCUCGACAGUGGCUGCAAAGUGCAGGGGUGAUUUGCGGCAGGGGGUGGGACCAUUUUAAAAGCAAAUGAAAAAUUAGAAAAAUACCAAUAAAAUGUAAACUGGCUGAUCCCACAGAAACCAUUUUCCUCUUUUUCCUUUAAUUCUCUUCUAACUGGUGUAACGAAGGCAUAGGAUAUAACUCUCAAAGACAGUAUAUGGAGACAGACUCACAUGAAUGCUUUCCAGUUCCUGACCCUUGCAUUUUUCAUGGAAUGCUUCUUGCCCAGCAUUUUUUUUAAACAUUUGAGUUAUUUUUUCUUACUUUUCUUGUAUUGUUUUCACAUUAAAAGUGUCCCAAUGCUCUAGUAUUUUUCAUAGAAUGUUAUUAUUACUAGGAAAUUUUAUGUACAGCAAUAAUAAAUCUAUAAAAAUC